UAGACUGAUGGAGGAUGAAUUUCAGAAACUGGGACAAUGGAUUUGGUACCCUCAUGAACUUAUAAGUCCUUGAAGUUGACAUAUAUUUGUUCCACCAACAAGGGAUUUGAGCAAAACCCUCUAUUUGAUGCUAAAUUCCAUCCAUCCCCUAAAUCCGGAUCCAUGACUAGGCUGAGUUGAACCGAGUGGUUAUUUCCUAUUUGGAUCGAAUUGCUUGAGACAUUGAUCACUUUAUAGUUCAAUUCGAUUUCGAUUCCAUAAAUUUGCUGAAAAAUUUAAAAAAUAUGUACCAAAUUGAGCCAAUCAUGCUUUUGGCUGUCUCUGGUCCUCAUUUUUUCUUUAUUUGUAUCCGGUCAUUUGCUGGUGGACUGCAAUGUGUAACGUGUAUAUCCUUAGUAUUUGAAGUCUCUGUUCCUUGUUAUCAAUUUGCUUAUUUUUUAACCGAAGAACUUCCUUUGUUACCCCAGAUACCAACUGAUCAGACUGCAACCACGAGGCAUCAAUGAAAAUUGCAAGUGGCUAGAGAUGUUCGAAGACAUUGGGAUGAUCAUCUUUUGUGUCUCCUUGAGCGACUAUGACCAGGUCUCUUUCGACAUCAAUGGUUCUCCCACUAACAAGAUGAUGCAGAGCCGUAAGUUCUUCGAGACCAUCGUGACUCAUCCGACCUUCGAGCAGAUGGACGUCCUUUUGAUACUAAACAAGUUUGACGUAUUCGAGGAGAAAAUGGAGCGGGUUCCACUGACAGAAUGUGAGUGGUUCGACGAUUUCCAUCCCCUCAUAAGCCGCCAUCAUUCAAGCAGCAAAAGCCACAGCAGCAGCAACAUCAACCACAGCCCUUCGCUCGGCCAGCUGGGUUUCCACUACGUUGCUGUGAAGUUCAAGCGCCUUUACGCAUCGCUCACUGGUAGGAAGUUGUUCGUCUCCAUGGUCAAAGCUCUGGAGCCUGAUAGCGUCGACUCUAGUCUGAAGUACGCGAGGGAGAUCAUGAAGUGGGAUGACGAGAGACCCAACUUCAGCUUGAGUGAGUAUUCUAUCUACAGCACCGAAGCGAGUUCAUACUCUCCUUGAUCGAGCAUGUUUGGGAAUUGCUCGGCACACCUUUGUGUACAUAGAAUGUCCGUGUAAAUGAAGCAAGUGAAGGCCAGAUAUAUGAAAUGAAUGUACAAGCUCUCUCUUAUUAGGUACCACAAUACCAUGUUUGUUUGUUUUGAUUUGUUUGCCCUUACUAGAUCAUUACCAAAAUCCUUUUUGUCACAGAUUUGGAAGUGGAAAACAGUGAGUAAGUAUUCGAUUUUCGUGAUUUUAGUCGGUUUCAUCUGGUUGGCAGGGUUCAGUUCAUAUUGAUUUGUGAUUGUAAACCCUUGAUACAAGCUUAAAGUAGGUCUAAUGCAUACUUGCGCUUCAUCAUGUUAUCUGAGGCAUAAUAGCGAAACACAUUGGAUCAGAACGAAGUCGAGAAUAAUUUUGAUGCUAACACAUCAUUAGGCGGAGAGCGAACACGAACACAAAAUGAUGAUAAAUUUCUUAUAGAUGAACAUAUUUCUUAGAGGUAUUCUGGAUGACUCUAAGAUUGGUUGUGAAUUAUCAGAAUCAUAUACAAAUGUGUUAAACUUUCAUCAUCAAACUUAGGAUUCUCAUUUUUUUUAUUUUGACCUAAACCGUUCUAGACCGAACCGGUUAUGUACAUUCCAAUUGCCACCAAAUUUCAGCCCAUCUAACGGUUGGAGUGCUGCUCAACUCGUGGUGCAAGUGCAACUCGGUUGAAACUCGGGGUGUGCGUAUAUAUUCGGUCCUUCGUCCACAACUAUCUCUGAAGUCCGAACACAAACGGAGAGAGAGAAAAAAUGGCGUUGAGAGCAGCUUUGAUUCGUCACCUCCGGGUUCCCGUCCAAACCCUUUCUCCCGCCGGCCGAGUCUCUCAGCCGUCGGUGGCCAACAGCCUCUUCGGUUCCAUCCGGUUCAUGUCAUCGCACGACGACCAUCUCAGCAAGGAAGAUGUCGCCGACAGAGUCCUCUCCGUCGUCAAGAGCUUCCCUAAGGUCGAUCCGUCCAAGGUCCGUCUCUCCGUCGAUUACCUUUCUUUACCUCGCUGUCUUCUUCCAGAGUUCCGUAGAUCCAUUCCCUGCUUUCUUACACCUUGUCAUUUCGUUCGGAUUGGGAAUGUUUCGUUUCUGCCUCUCUAGGGUUUAUUGAUGUUUUAGAGACUGGCCAGAGUUCUGAAUGAAGUGAUCAAUUGUAGUCCAGUCAUCUGCCGUUGUAGAUCCAAUACAGUACGAUAAUCAAAAUGACCGGAGGAAGUGAAGUGAAUCUUCACUCUCCGAUUGGGCAAAUGUGAAAGACCCAAUUAGCAGAUGAACUAUGUUGGAAUAUCUCCUGGCCUCUCUUACCAUUAUGUGCCUGGCUUCAUUGAUUUGCCCUUGAGGAUUUUCUGGCAAGUUCUUAUGCUGGUUGACCUUGAUUGAAGCAAAUUUUUGUGUGAGGUUGCCUGGCAUAGAUGGAGAAGGCCUAAUUUACCCCAAACUAUUCACGCAAACACCAUUUGUGAAUAUCAAUAGAGAAGAGAUAUUUCAGACUCUAUGCUGAUGUCCAUGGGAGCUGAAAUGAGUUUUUAGCUCACUCUUCCUUAGGGUUUAUCUUAAAUUACCUUGCCUUGUGUAGCCUUGCAUUUGCUUGCUUUCAGUCCUGCAACACUCUAUAUCAUCGAUGUCAGAACGUCAGUUUGUAUGUCAGUGGCCAUGUAGCUUAAUCUAUCUGUAUUGUUGGGUGACAAGAGUUCUUAUUAUCUCUAGUCUCUUUAAGCUAUUUGUUUCUGCAAUGCAUAAACCGUGCUGUCAAUUAUUUCCUAGUAUUUGAUACACUUGGUGACAGUAGCUUUAUCUGCAAAUCAUUUGCGUGUGCAGGUGACUCCUGAUGUACAUUUCCAGAGUGAUCUAGGGCUGGACAGCUUGGACAAUGUCGAGAUUUUGAUGGCUUUGGAAGAGGAAUUCAAGCUGGAGAUUCCUGACAAGGAAGCUGACAAAAUCGAUUCCUGCAAACUCGCUAUCGAGUACAUUCAUAACCAUCCGAUGGCUAGUUGAAACUACACGAACCUGUGUUCAUGAGUUUUUUUGUUUUGUUUUGUUUUGUUACCGAUCUUUCCCAGUGGACAUCAGGACAUGUAUCAGGCUGUAUUCAUGUUUAGACUUUGCUGUCCCUGUGUUCAGCUCUGAAUUGGUUCUCCAAAAAAAUUUGGCAGAGAGAAUAAUCUGAAACUGGGUUUUUCAUAGGAGUAGAGCUUUGGGUUAUUGACUUGAUAGGCUUGUGUCUUUGGGUUACUGGUACGCGGUUGUAGUGGCGGUUCAUUCGCUAUUGUAUUGCCCAAAGUUCUAUUUUUUGCAUCUUGAAACUCUGCAUCUUCUUUCUUCCACUUCUAUGAAUGCAGUCCUCUCUCCAGUUUCGUAUUUGGAGCGAACAUUCGAUCAUGUAACAAUGCAACCGAUAUCUCUAGACAAUUCGGAGUAAAGUUUCGUUUCGUUC